UGCUGCUGCUUGGUCGGUCUGCUAUGCGCCACACUCUACGCAGCGGGUGCUGCUGCUGCUGCUAUGUCUCUCGUCUUUCUCUUUCUGUUUCUACCGGCCUCCGCUGCCCAGUUCCGCUGUCGUCUGCCAAUAAUAAUAACAAUCGCCAGCUCCUAACCCUGAACAGUCCCGCUAGUGGUCGCUAUAAUUACUCCUGUUACUCCUCUUGCUGCUACUACUACGCUGCGUACUACUACAACUACUACUACUCCUGCUACCCGACUGCUACGCGUAGUAAUAACAGUGCUAAGACCCUCUCGCCCAUCCCGGACCCACGGGCACCGUCGUCAAAUAAACCUCGUAGCAUUAAUAUUACCACUGCGUGUUUUCGCCGAUUUACGUUUGCUUUCCCGUUCUUCGCCGCCCGCAUGGCUUCCGGUUCCGCUUCGGGCGCAGACGCUACUGGCUCUACUCCCCUAUCCACGGCUACUCGUGCUGCCAUUCAUAUACCCCCGGAUGCCCCCCCUUCGUCGGCUCCCACUCUACCAUCAUCUUCAACUUCUUCAACUUCAGCUCCAGCUUCUCGCCCCCUUAUCCAACCCUUUUCUUCUGCUACUACUACUACUACUACUACUACCUCCGUCCCUCCCAAUCUCGCUCCCUUCUCCGACUUCUCCGACUUUGCCAGGCAGCUACAGGCGAAGCAACAGCAUUCCAACUACCACUCCACCUCCCUGUCCACCUCUCUUAAAAACAUGGUUGCCGCUUCGGUAAACCGCACUGCGCUGCAUCCCAGUGGUGUUCAGCCUGGUGUAGGACACACAGAACUCGAGGAGGAACUCCACGAAACCGCCCACAUCGACUAUGAGCGCGUCUCAAUUAUUGCCAACCCUGCCGUCGCCUCUCUCUACGAAGAUGCUCUGGUCUACGAAACCGGCACCGCCAUCACCUCCAGCGGUGCCUUGACUGCCUACUCCGGCGCAAAGACCGGCAGAUCACCCCUCGACAAGAGAGUUGUAAAAGAACCCUCAUCUGAGAAGGAUAUCUGGUGGGGUCCUGUCAACAAGCCUAUGUCGCCAGAGGUCUGGAGAAUUAACAGAGAACGUGCUGUCGAUUAUCUCAACACCAGAAACCGCAUCUAUGUCAUCGAUGGCUAUGCCGGCUGGGACGAGCGCUACAGAAUCAGCGUCAGAGUCGUCUGCGCCCGUGCCUACCAUGCCCUCUUCAUGCGCAACAUGCUUAUCCGGCCCUCGCGCGAGGAGCUCAAGUCCUUCCACCCAGACUACGUCAUCUACAACGCCGGUUCUUUCCCCGCAAACAGAUGGACUGAGGGCAUGACCUCCGCCACCUCCGUAGCCAUUAACUUUGCCGAAAAGGAGAUGGUCAUCCUUGGUACUGAGUAUGCCGGCGAGAUGAAGAAGGGUGUCUUCACCGUGCUCUUCUACGAGAUGCCCGUCAAGCACAACGUGCUCACCCUGCACUCGUCCGCCAACCAGGGCGAGGAUGGUGAUGUCACUGUUUUCUUCGGCUUGUCUGGAACUGGCAAGACUACCCUAUCUGCUGAUCCUAAGCGCGCUCUGAUUGGUGAUGACGAGCACUGCUGGAGUGACCGCGGUGUCUUCAACAUUGAAGGAGGAUGCUACGCCAAGUGCAUUGGCUUGUCCGCAGAGAAGGAGCCAGAUAUUUUCAACGCAAUCCGCUUCGGAUCUGUGCUGGAGAACGUCGUCUUCGACCCCGUAACCCGGGUUGUUGACUAUGAUGAUUCCACCCUCACUGAGAACACCAGAUGUGCUUACCCAAUAGAAUACAUCGAAAACGCCAAAAUCCCCUGUAUCGCCGAAGAACACCCCAAGAACAUCAUCCUCCUUACUUGCGACGCCCGCGGUGUUCUCCCACCCAUCUCCAAACUGAACACUGAACAAACCAUGUUCCACUUCAUCUCCGGCUACACCUCCAAAAUGGCCGGCACUGAAGACGGGGUCACGGAGCCUCAAGCCACGUUCUCCUCCUGCUUCGCCCAGCCCUUCCUUGCCCUCCACCCCAUGCGCUACGCUCGCAUGCUCGCCGAUAAGAUCUCCCAACACAAAGCCAACGCCUGGCUCCUGAACACCGGCUGGGUAGGCGCCGGCGCCACCACUGGCGGCAAGCGCUGCCCGCUAAAAUACACCCGCGCCAUCCUCGAUGCCAUCCACAGCGGCGAGCUGGCCAAGGCAGAGUACGAAGUCUAUGACGUCUUCAACCUCUACGUGCCCAAGUCCUGCCCAGGCGUGCCGAGCGAGCUCCUCAACCCCAAGAAGAGCUGGACCGCCUCGACCUCCUUCGAGAGUGAAGUGACCAAGCUCGCUGUGCUGUUCAAUGAGAACUUCAAGAAGUACUCGGAUGAGGCUACCAAGGAGGUUAUCGCCGCUGCGCCUGUUGUGCCAUCGCCUGCCAAGGCUGCCGUUGAGGUAAAUGGCGCCGAGCCCUCGACUACAAGGGAGAAUACGGCUUGACUAGAACGGAAACAAUCAAGGAGAGUGUUGUUUAAGCAGAAGUUGCGGAAAGUGUUCCAGUAGGAGCAGGAUCCAGGACAAAAACCAGAAAAAUAUAAAAAACAGAAAAGAAAAGUACACUUCGCGGAAGUCCGGUUUUCUUUCUUGUUGUUGCUAUGAAAAGGGUUGCACUUCCUAGCUUAAGCUUCCUUUCCUCCUUAAGGAAGAGGGAAAUAAAUACAAGCCAACUCUACGUGUUCCGUCCGUGUAUAUCGGGAAAAGAAUAGGACAAAAGAGAACGGAGCAAAUAAAAUAACAACGAAUGAAGAAUGAAGAAUGAAGAAUGAAGAUGAGGCAGAGGUAGCUGCAAAAAGCCAUCCUUCCUUCUCCCCCUCAGCCCUACAUAGAAUGGUGCUGGGGGCAACACACCCUGUAUCCCAAAUCUUACCCCAUCCUUCUUCUUAUUGUCUUUUUUUUUUCCUUUUUUUCCCUUGGUGCGCAUGUUAAUGAUUCCAAAGUUUUCUUUUGGUUUUUUUUUUCAUUUUCAUAGUUUCAAACGGUUCCUUUUGUUAUUCCACUUUCACCCACCUUUAAACCUUGUUAUUUUCUCAUUAAUAUAUAUAUAUUUAUUUUUUAUUUAUUUUUCUUUCUCAGUUUGAUAUUUCUUGCAUCAGCUCUUUUUCCUUUCUGUUCCUUUUCCUUUUUUUCCUCGAUUUUCCUUUUGUCUAUAUAUAUAUAUAUAUAUAUAUAUACGUAAAUGUUACAUACCUGCCCUGCGUAUUUAUUCAUAAAAUAAAAUAAAUGAACAGUCCAUUCAACUGAUUGAAGUUGUUAGAAUUUUGAGAUUUUCGUCCUUUGCAAAAUAGGACAUAAGAAGCCAAAAAAAGUUUUUAUUUAGAUGAUUGGUUUAUCCUAUUUAAUCGAGUAUCAAUUCUACAUCUCAAGGGGUAAAUAACUGUG